UAAUAGCGAGGGAUGUUCUGUUUUCCUCUCAGUUCUGCCCCUGCCCAUAGCCGUGCCAGCUCCUCGCUCUCAGUUCUGCCCAUAGCCGUGCCAGCUCCUCGCUCUCAGAUCUGCCCAUAGCCGUGCCAGCUCCUCGCUCUCAGAUCUGCCCAUAGCCGUGCCAGCUCCUCGCUCUCAGUUCUGCCCAUAGCCGUGCCAGCUCCUCGCUCUCAGUUCUGCCCAUAGCCGUGCCAGCUCCUCGCUCUCAGUUCUGCCCAUAGCCGUGCCAGCUCCUCGCUCUCAGUUCUGCCCAUAGCCGUGCCAGCUCCUCGCUCUCAGUUCUGCCCAUAGCCGUGCCAGCUCCUCGCUCUCAGUUCUGCCCUUGCCCAUAGCUGUGCCAGCUCCUCGCUCUCAGGGCAGAUUAUUAGAGGUUCCCCCGGGGCACCAUGAGUUGCCUACUCUUCACACUCGCCCUCCAGGCUCUCCGACUCACUCAAGCUUAUUUCGAUUGCCCAAACCCGAGGCAGCACAUUAUAGCCCAGGGCAAUACAGACGCCAUGUUGCCAUGUUCGUUCUUGUGGCGCGGGGAACCUUCGGAGGAAUGGAAGGUGGUUUGGCAGAAGGAGGAAGAUGAGGAUGAGCUGGUGGUGCACUACCAGAAUGGGGCAGACCAAGACGACAAGCAGAACCAACGGUUCCACAGUAGAACCUUCAUCAGGAAGGACUGGUUUGGGCAGCGCAACGCCACACUAAGGCUCUCCAGGGUUUCCAGCAGGGACUCGGGUGCAUAUCAAUGUUACCUGAUGGGCAUCCCGGUGGGACCCGGACCCAUGAUUCCUUGCUGCAGGGUCACCCUUGAAGUGUAUCAGGCACAGAAGGAAGAGAGAAAAAGCUUCUCCAGGGAGAUGUACAUCUGCUUCCUUGUGUGGGCGCUAGUCAGCUCGGCCGCCCUGCUGUACGUCGUCAUUAAAGCCCCCGGCAAGAAGCAGACGAUCACCUUCUUCCUAAUGUUGUCUUUCAUCUUGGGGACCCUACUGGUGUAUUUCAUCAAUAAAGGACAUAAAACAUAGCGAUUGGAUGCGUCGGAGAGGGGAAGGAACCGGAAGGUAGGAGGUUCUGUAGAAAGAUCCGGAUUCUGCUGCAAAGCUGCUGCCCUUAUACUCCUUAUUCACCUUCUAUUUAACCCUUUCUACUCUACGGUGCUGUCAGGGGAGGGUUAAAGUACAGCACUAAAUCUGGGACCUUCGUGUCUACGGAGUCUUCUGCUUGGCAAUUAUCUGGUUCUAGGUUUCCAGAGAUGAUUUAAGGGAGGUUCUAUGAAUCCGGCCGCUCUUACCGUUAUAAUGUGAAUGAAAUGUUUGUCCACGAGCCCCUGAGGGAGUGAGGCAGGCGCCCCCAUACGGGAAUACAAAUAAUUCUGUUCUGAGAAUGGGCAGAGGGGGUGCAACCAUCCAAUCACAUGAGACUUUCUGCCUAAAGACACAAUUUACAAAACUGGAGCAAAAUUUACUGUGGAUUAGUAACCCAUAGCAACCAAUCAGAUUUUUUUUUCAUUAAAGCAAUACUGACAUGGGAAAACAUGUUAUUUUACAAAACCCAAAUCAGUUAAUAGCAGAAUCCUGCAUUGUAAUCUGUUUUUCCCAUAGGGCUAGCCAUAUUCUUCAUUUCCCAGGGUGCCACAGCC